GCAGCGAGGAAGAUCUCAGAGUACUGAAGUGGUUUCUCUAUCGCUCGUUUGGGUUUUUUUUUUUUAAUUGGGUGGAAAUCGCGCGUUUUUGAUGCGGCGCCACCAUUAUAAGAAGAAACACGACGAUGCACAAUUCGUAUUCUUUAACGCCAGUGAAAGCCCUAAAGCCGGUCGUAAGCGCGUCUUUUCAUUACCUGUUAACCGGUACGAUCGUCUGUAUUUAAGGUCUUCUGCCUUCUCCAUACACAAGGAGUCUGCGAGGGCAAACAGGUAUUCCUCAUCCGAAGCUGCAGUCGAAUGCAGCAGUUGAGACUGCGUUCACUUAGCCUGAAAAUUUUCGUCCAGCACACUGUUGACACAGGAUUUUUUACAAUUAGCAUUAUCAAAGGGACUGGGGAAUAAAACGUUUUGUUGCUGAAGCUACGCGUUUUUUGUUUUUCUUUUUUGAGCGAGACUGGAGGGAAACUGUUGCAGCUCUAAGCAAAAAGGUGCACUGGACACUCGGAGAGACUUCAUCGAGAAAGCAGCUGCAGAAGUGACAGUAUCCAGUCAACCCGAAAAACGCCGAGAGCGCUGUGAAGCGGUGAGGAUUCCUGGCACAGAAGGCAACGAUCGCACAGCAGGGUUUUUCCAGGAGCUGGGAAUCUGGUAGGAGAGAGCGACGAGGGUACACGUCCUUCUUCACCCGGGGCUUCAGGUGUGGACAGCACCUUUCAGGAUGGUGUAGGUGUUUUCCAGAGAUUGUCCUUGAUCAUGGCAUGCUUUAAGCUUGAAAAUGUGGAAGACUUGUAUGAAAUUGGAGAUGUUUUGGGCAAGGGCCAUUUUGGUACUGUGCGCCAGGUGAGGGAGAAAGCAACUGAUAGCUUGUAUGCUGGGAAAUUUGUAAAGAUCCGGAAGAGCCGAAGUAGCCGUCUUGGCCAGGAACGUGAGUCUGUGGAGAGGGAAGUGGAGAUCCUGCAGCUGCUACAGCACCCCAACAUUAUGUCUCUGAAGGAGGUGUUUGAGUGCAAAGCUGAAGUGGUCCUGAUAUUGGAACUGAUCAGUGGCGGAGAGCUCUUUGAUUUUGUGGCUGAGAAAGACAUACUGACAGAGGCUGAAGCCAUCGAGUUCAUGAAGCAGAUUCUGCUGGGUCUUGGCUACAUGCACUCCAAGAACAUUGCCCAUUUUGAUCUCAAGCCAGAGAACAUCAUGCUGCAAGAUAAAGAUGUUCCCCAUCCGAACAUAAAGCUGAUUGACUUUGGCCUGGCCCGUCGAUUACAGGAAGCGGAAGAGUACAAGAGCCUAUGUGGGACUCCACAGUAUAUAGCUCCUGAAAUAAUUAAUUAUGAGCCACUAACUGUGGCGGCUGAUAUGUGGAGUAUUGGUGUGAUUACAUAUAUUCUGUUGAGUGGCACAUCACCAUUUCAAGGAGAGACAGAUGCUGAGACAAUGAACAACAUCAUGGCUGUCAAUUAUGAGUUCGAUCAGAAGCAUUUCAGCCAGACCAGUGCCAUGGCAAAAGACUUCAUUGAAAAGCUUUUGGUAAAGAAUUACCGGGAGAGGAUGACGGCAGAAGAGUGUCUCAUACAUCCCUGGAUUAAGCCUUUGAACAAGAAGCAAGUUGCACAUCGAAGUCGAUCAUCCAUAAAUAUGAAGAAUUUUAAAAAGUUUAAUGCCCGCAGGAAAUGGAAGGUGUCCUACAACAUGGUGUGGGCCUGCAACCGUAUGUGCCGCAUGAAGCUUCUUUGCAAAAAUGCUGUCAAAGAUGAAGAGGCUCUGAGGCAAUGUGAAAGUGACCAGGAGGAUAUCGACACCAAGCCUGCUUCACUAAUUCGAAGGCGUCUCAGCAGUAGUUCCUAGUACUAGUCCUAGUGCUGGGACAUCCAGUUGGAUGCAAGACAAACCUACGCUGUGAUUCUGUAAUAUCAGCCACUACUUGGAAAUGGCCACAACAACAAAUGUGGGAAUGGCUGCUUUACAGACCGGGAACCAGCUCCAUUUUACACGUGACUAAACAUUUCUCAAAGAUGCCAAAAGCCAGCUGACAUCACUGAAGAACAUUAAAUGCAGAUCCAUCCUUCAUUCAUUCAUUCUCCACCACUUAUCUGAAGCUAGGUCACGGGGGCAACAGUUUUAGCAGUGUGGCCCAUACGUCCUUUUUCCACAGUCACACUUGCCAACUCAUUCUGUGAGAUCCCAAGGUGUUACCAGACCAUCUGGGAGAUAUAAUCAUCCCAGCGAGCCCUGGAUCUUCCCCAGGGUCUCCUCACAGCUGGUCGUACCUGUAAAACCUCCAUUGGGGUGGUUUCCAGGAGGCAUCUGUAUUGGAUGCCCAAACCACUUUGGCUAGUUAGUGAAACGUGUGGAUGGGAAAUGGCAAUGAAGCAUUUGACAGAGGAGUCUGAGAAGACAGCCCGUUUCCAGAAAUGGGGAUCAAGGAGAAGAGGAAGUGUAACUGUUUGCAUUUCCCUUGAGCUCACUCACAUUUUCUCCACUCUUUCAGAUCAUUCCACUAUUUGCCAUAUAUCUUUUUUCCUCUGGGUCUAGCUUGUAUUCCACAUCAUAUAUUGCCUAUCUACAUCCUAACCUUUAAACCACACUCCUUACAUCUAUAUAUAACUUUCUUGACUAAACCAAUUUCCGUCAUGCUUUUGCUCAGCUAUUCACCACAACUCUGUCUACUAAACUGCACUUCUCACAAACUAAAAUGCAGUUACUUUAUCUUGCCAUCUUUGUCUUCUGAACCCCUUCCUUGUUCCUCCUGUGUCUCAUGUCAAGCCUUACCUUGUGUAUUCUUCCUCCCAAAAUUACACUGAUAAACUGUGAAAACUUUCAACGCCUCACAGAUCGUUAGAGUUGAUACACUGCCCUGUGCCAACAGAAGAAUAACCCGGGGCAGAUAUUACUGAAAAAACAAAUGUCUUUCUGGAGAGAACUUUGUCUUUAUUCUUUUUUUCUCUGGGAAAUGUUUGUCAGCCACCAUCCUAAUUAAAGUUUAGACCAUUCUCAUGCAGGGCCUGUUUACUUGUUUCAUAAUGCCAGAAAGUGGGUCAGGAUGGUCCACCUUCAUGUUGCUGUGAGGAGUAGGCUUGUCAUCUGGUAAUUACAAGAAUGUGCAUCAUAAAUUUCCUGUUGUUUACCGGUUCUAUUAUCAGCACAAUGAUGACCAUUAAAGUGACCACAUCCUGCCUGGAGCUCAUUUAACAUGCCUUUGGAUGGGCCACAGUCUGUGUGUAAUGUUAUUAACAAGGACAUUGAGUGUAAGAGAAUUUUAAAUAAAUCCACGAUUUUUGUGUCAAAA